UGAUUUUCAUCCAGCCAUGGAGCCUCCGGCAGCGCGGGCCGAAAGGAUAAGAAAGAUGUUCAGCUGGAGCCAAGCCCAUCCGAUGUAAGUCUGCCUGUUUGUCGUAUCUCUCGUCGUCGGAGGACGAAGGCUCAACUGAGGAAUAUUUUUCAAAAUGCUAUCGAAUAAAAAUUCUAUUGCUAAGGUGAUAGGGAAAACCAUAACAACACCAAUACACAAUCGUACACAAGUUCCACAUUUAGAAAAGAAAUAGAAUAGAAUAGAAAGUAGUUAUAUACAAAAUACUCAGUCAAAAUUAGAAAGCCGACUUUUCUCAAAACAUGGAAACAUACCCGAGCACUAGUAAAAAUAGGUCUUCUUCUAGGGAAGGUGGCGUGGUGAAUCCAGCCCUGAGCUUGGACGAAGGGCCGGACGUGGUAACUGUGGACAAUCAGAAGCCCAAACUCGAGCACCAGACCAGCACCGUUUGGACGAGGAGGCAGCAGGCCGUUUCUGUCCGCCACGCCUUCAAACAUUAUGGAUCUUCAAAGACGCCCAACCACGUUCUUCAAAACCUCAACAUGACUGUCGGCAAGGGGACCAUAUAUGGUCUUCUUGGUGCGAGCGGUUGUGGAAAAACGACUCUACUCAGCUGCAUCGUCGGCAGGCGGAGGCUCAACACGGGAGAAAUUUACGUUCUGGGAGGGAAGCCGGGCACCAAAGGUAGCGGUGUACCCGGCAAAAGAGUCGGUUACAUGCCCCAGGAAAUCGCUCUCUACGGCGAGUUUUCCAUCAAAGAGACCAUGAUGUACUUUGGCUGGAUCUUCGGCAUGGAGACGCCCGAGAUAAACGACAGACUUCAGUUCCUCCUCAGUUUUCUUGACCUUCCGUCCGAGAGCAGGCUCGUCAAAAAUCUCAGUGGUGGUCAGCAAAGAAGAGUAUCAUUCGCUGUGGCCCUGAUGCACGAUCCGGAACUGCUGAUCCUCGACGAACCAACAGUUGGUGUUGAUCCGCUUCUCAGGCAAAGCAUCUGGAACCAUUUGGUUCAAAUAACGAAAGACGGAAACAAGACUGUCAUCAUCACAACACAUUAUAUCGAAGAGGCGAGACAAGCACACACUAUCGGAUUGAUGAGAAGCGGAAGAUUACUGGCUGAGGAAUCGCCGCAGAUACUUUUGUCUAUGUACAACUGCCAGAGCCUUGAAGAAGUCUUCUUGAAACUUAGCAGAAAGCAGGGACAGGAAAACGCAGUCCAGGACGCCAACCUUACCAACAAUAUUUCUCUUGCUACACUACAGUGGGGUAAGAAAGACGAACCAGUGUAUGUAACGGAUGAAAGUGGAGUCGUAGGUUUGAAUUUCCACCAGAACAAGGAAAUACUCAUUCAGGACAACGCGAACGGACAUUACGAUAAAAUGAACGGUAUGGCCCAGACAUCGAAAGAAGAGAAUGUUUCGUGCGAUGACUGCGGCGAGUGCUGCAACCUGACGACAAAGGGCAAGACAAAGGCGCUUCUGCAAAAGAACUUCUUGAGGAUGUGGAGGAACGUCGGAGUGAUGCUGUUUAUUUUUGCACUUCCUGUCAUGCAAGUAAUCUUAUUUUGUUUGGCCAUCGGUCGGGACCCGACCGGCCUUCAUCUAGCGAUUGUCAACCAAGAAAUGGACUGGGCGACUAAGCGGUGCCCCGUGUACUACAAUUGUACGUUUCAGUCACUCUCGUGUCGGUACAUAAAUGCUCUGCGCAAUGAUACUAUAGUGAAGGACUAUUACGAGACGCCUGAAAGCGCUAUCGAGGCAGUGAAGGUGGGCGACGCCUGGGGAGCGAUUUACUUCACCGAUAACUUCACGGACGCUCUCGUCGCCAGGAUGGCCCUCGGAAGGGAUUCGGACGACGAGACUCUCGAUCAAAGCGAGCUGCGAGUUUGGCUCGAUAUGUCAAACCAGCAAAUCGGUUUAAUGCUGAACAGGGAUUUGCAAGUCGCCUACCGGGAUUUCGCCCAGAGCCUCCUCGAGACAUGCGGUAAUAAUCCCAAACUGGCAGACAUUCCCAUCCAGUUUCGAGAACCCAUCUAUGGAAGCAAUAACCCUAGUUUCACGGAUUUUGUGGCGCCAGGGGUUAUAUUAACAAUUGUUUUCUUCUUGGCCGUGGCUCUUACUUCUUCGGCGCUCAUCAUCGAAAGGAUGGAGGGUCUCCUGGACAGGAGUUGGGUCGCCGGGGUGCUGCCGCACGAGAUACUUUUCUCCCAUGUCAUCACGCAGUUCGUGGUGAUGUGCGGGCAGACGGCUCUCGUCCUCAUCUUUAUGAUACUCGUUUUCAAAGUAGAAUGCAAGGGCGAUAUUUUCCUCGUCAUCAUACUCACCAUCCUGCAAGGGCUGUGUGGAAUGUGUUUCGGGUUUGUAAUAUCUGCCAUAUGUGAGCUUGAAAGAAACGCAAUUCAACUCGCCUUGGGUAGCUUUUAUCCUACACUUCUGCUCAGUGGUGUUAUCUGGCCAGUAGAAGGGAUGCCGAUCGUGCUGAGAUACAUCAGCGCGUGUUUGCCUCUGACGAUGGCGACGACAUCACUUCGGUCAAUGCUGACGAGAGGAUGGUCGAUCGACGAGCCGGACGUCUACCUGGGCUUCAUCUCCACCGGGCUAUGGAUCAUCGGCUUCCUCACAAUAUCCAUACUCGUGCUCAAGUUCAAGAGGGGUUGAGCGGCGACCCGCGGUUGCCGAUGGUCAGGAAAGGGACUAGUCCACAACGCACCAUCCCUUUUUGCCACCAUUCUAUUGUAUAUAUUGUAAAGAGUGUCAUAUGGGGAUAAUUUAUUAUCGAAGCAGGACAUGACAACUGUCAGGUUUUUCUCUUAGUCCGGCCCUGCCAACUUUUAUCCAUCAACUUUGUGAGGUACUUAGCUCAAAUCAAAAAAUGUGAUACGCUCAUUUCAAUCAUUUUCUCUCGGGGGAAUUUUGUUGUUUACCUUAAAACCUGUUUUGUACACGUUUUUACGUUUGUAAAUUUUUGGCUGGGCAGAUGCAAAUUAUAAAAUAUAUAUUUCUUUGUACUAUGUUUUUUUUAGUUUCUAUUUUAAUUGAAUUAAGUAGGAAACGUUUAAAAUAACAAUUAUAAUAUUAGCUUUUUUUAAUUGACAAAGUCCUGAUGCCUAUUUAUGUAAAAUUGUAAAUUAGGUUGUGUCUUUUUACAUGAACAUUUCACCCUUUUGCUUUACGUUUGAAUUUCGUUCCCUGUCUUUUAAAUUUUCGGUUUAUUAAGAAGAAACUUAGAUUUAAUCUACUAACAAAGAAACGGAAACGAUAUUUGGAUAAGGAGUAAACAUUUAAAUAGUAGAUUAGUUACUCAGACCACUUUCUGAAAAGCAAGGAAAAAUAUUGCUCUAUAUUAGGAAAAGAAAAUAAUAAAACUUAUUUUUGUAAUCUUUAUAAAUAUUUCAUGUAUAUGAGGGACUGGUGUGCGCAUGUAGUGUUAUUUUUUGAAGAACAUGAAAUGACAGGGUAGACGGAUGGGUUCAUCAAGCGAAAAAUUGCCUCAACUGUGAUCGAAAGCUGGCGACUUGCUCACUACUUUAACAUAAUUUUGACCAUUUUUCUCCUUGGCGGACAAAUGAUGUUUUAAAUAGGAUUUAAAUUUAAGGUUUUUCUGUAUUUAUAAUAACUGUAGUUGUAGAAAAGAAUUCGAGUAAACGAAAAAAAAAAGAAAAAGGCACGACUAAAACAUAAAUUAUGUUUCGUACCUUAUAAUUUUAAUUGAUAAUAUUGUAUGUAUCAAUCAUAUUUUUGUUUUUCUUGUACCUAUGUAUUUUGUUAAAUAAACAGACUUAGUUGAAAAACAACCAGUCCGAAAAUUCUA